AAACAACUUAAUUAAUUUUUAGCCCACGAAUAAAAUUUAUGCUAGAUAUCCUCCUAGCAAUCAAAAACAACAACGUUUCAAAAAUCCCAAACUACGACUCAACUUACUCAGAACACCUAAAAAAAAUUUUAAAAGGAUUUAUUAGAAAAGGAAAUUAUAUCACACAAUUAAAAAUUUCUUUGGACGAUUUAUUAAAGGCGGAAACUCGGGGGAAAUGGUGGAUUGUAGGAUCGGCUUGGACCGGAAAUAUCGACACCAACAAAGACACAAAACCAACGAAUCAAUUACAAGUUUUUUCCCAAAAAUUACUCACUCUCGCCCGAAAACACCACAUGAAUACAGAUGCGAGAAAAAACAUCUUUUGUAUUAUUAUGUCAGCCGAAGAUUAUUUAGAAGCCUUCGAAAAGUUACUAAAACUCGGCUUAAAAAACCAACAAGAACGCGAAAUCAUUCACGUCAUUCUACAUUGUUGCCUACAAGAAAAAGAUUUUAACCCCUAUUACGCCGUUUUGGCACAAAAAUUUUGCGAUUACGACCGGAAAUUUCAAAUGACGAUUAAAUUUUCGGUUUGGGAUAAAUUAAAAGCUUUAGAGGAAUGCUCCGCGAGUCAAUUAUCGAAUUUAGCGAAAAUGUUGACUCAUUUAUUUUUAGAAAAGGGGAUCCCCAUUUCAACGCUAAAGAUCGUGGAAUUUUGCGAAUUAGAUAAAACCACUUUGAGAUUUCUACGACAAGUUUUAUUGGGGAUUUUUUUGCACGAUGAUGUUGAUGCUUGUGUUCGAGUAUUUGAGAAAGUUUCGCAAUCGGAGAAAUUGAAGAUGUUUAAGGAAUCGUUAAGAUUGUUUAUACAUCACUUUUUGUUAAAAAAUUUGGAUAAUAACGUUGUGGGGGAAGAACAUAAAAAAUUGUUGAGGGAACGAACUGGGUUGAUUGAAAAGAUGUUAAUUAAGGAGAAAAAAAUAAAUUAUAAUGUUUAUUAACAAAGCAGA